AAUUUAGAUAUUAGAAUGAAGGAGCCCUCAAAUGGUCAAAACACUCAAACCCUAAACAGUCACUCACAAAUUCACAAUCUCACACAGGUAGUCGCUCGCUUGCUAUCUGGAGUCGCUGCCUCUCUCGCUUAAUCUCUCUUACGUCCUCAACCUCACCAUUGUCGGUCGCCCAAUCACCCUCCGGCUUCAGGGUCUACUUAUCUCUGCCUCGCCGGAGUCGUCGCUCAUCCUAACCUUGUUGGUUCAUCGUUCUCCCUCCCGUUUCCGGCUACUCUCCGUUUUCUCCUCGGAAAUAUAUCAAUUGGGCCUGGAAUAUAAUCCUGAAUGGGUAGCAAAAGUAAACCACCGCCUCCAUUCCUAAGACACCCUCCUCUAGGGCCAAGCACAGUGCAUCCUGAUCCUUAUGGUCCUUCGAUUCGGCCCCCACCUGGUGGUUUCCCUCCAUUUGAGAUGCUUCCUCAUCCUGAGAUUAUGGAGCAGAAGCUUGCCACACAACAUGCAGAGAUGCAAAAACUUGCAAAAGAAAACCAUAGGCUUGCCGCCACCCAUGGAACUUUGAGGCAAGAGCUUGCUGCUGCGAAACAUGAGCUGCAACUAUUGCACACUCACAUAGGGGCUAUGAAAUCUGAGAAGGAACAACAGACAACGGUCCUCAAGGAUAAAAUUGCUAGGAUGGAGGCUGAAUUAAAAGCUGCAGAUCCUCUUAAAGCAGAAUUGCAGAAGGCACGAGGCGAAGCUCAGAGUCUGAUUGCUGAAAGGCAGGAACUUAUUUUGAAAGUGCAGCAGCUGGGUCAGGAUCUUCAGAGGACUCACUCUAACACACAACAGAUUCCUCUUCUGUUAUCUGAGCUUGAAGCCUUGAGACAGGAGUACAGCCAUUGCAGGGCAACCUAUGAGUAUGAUAGGAAAUUUUACCAUGAUCACAUUGAAUCUCUUAAGGUGAUGGAAAAGAAUUACAUGACCAUGGCGAGUGAAGUGGAAAAGCUUCGGGCAGAAUUAAAUAAUACGGCUAAUUUAGACAGAACUGGUACAACGUAUGGUAAUUCUAUGGGACAUAAUGAGAGUGAUACUGCUACUCAUUAUCCUGUUGCACAAAAUAUUUAUGGAGAUGGCUAUGGUGUUGCUCAGCAGGGACGUGGCCCUCUUCCACCUAUGGGAAAUGUUAGUGGAGUUGCUGCUCCUACCGGUAAUUCUCCAAAUUUUGGCGCUCACCCUGGGCCUACUUCUGCAAAACCCACUCAUGAUGCUUCAAAAAUGCCCAAUUACGAUGCACAAAUUGGAAGGGCAGGACCUGGCUAUGAUGCACAAAGGGUGGCAAAUGCACCUGGUUAUGAUGCACAAAGGGGCGCAAGUGGACAUGGUUACACUCCACAGAGUGGACCAACUGGAGCCAGUUAUGAUGCACAGAGGGGGCCUGGGUAUGAUCAUCAGAGGAUUCCUGGUUACGAUACUCAUACAGGCCCUGGAUAUGAUGGAUACAGGUCACUUGGUUAUGAUGCAAACCGAGGUUCUGGGUAUGAUUUAGCGAGUGGAGCCAAUUAUGAUGCAACAAUGGUCUCUGGCCAUGACACAACUGGGAAAGGAGGUGUUGGGGCUCAAGGUCAACUUGGACUUUCAAGAAAUCCAGCUUAUGGGUCUGCAACACCAUCUGGUCAUACUGGAACGGGGUAUGAUGGAGCAGCACGUGGGGGGAACCCUGGUCGUAGAUAAGGUUCAAGUUGAUUUUCAUCUCCAUUGCAUUUGAUACUUCUUGGAGAAUCAGCACCUCCCUCUGUCAUCUAUUCUCUUUAUUCUUCACCAUCAAAAUGGUGAUCACAUCUCCAUUGCAUUUGACACUUCUUGGAGAAUCAGCACCUCCCUCUGACAUCUAUUCUCUUUAUUCUUCACCAUCAAAAUGGUGAUCACAUGAUAUAUGAAAGUUCAUCAUCAAGUGAGCCCCAUCUUUCAAUGCACAGCGGCUGGGGCUGAAGAUUUUGGGAGUAAAACCGAAGCUUUCACAAGCCACUGAUUUUUGUUCUCUUUGUAAGUGAGAUAAAAGGCCUAUUGUGGGGGCUCUUUAGAUUGAACUGCUAUCUAAAGCCAGGUGUAUUCCCCCAUAUUUUCUACUAAACAAAUGCCGAGUAGAAUCAUAGGAUGGAUAUAUCUCUCUGUUGAUAGAACUGUGUAGAAAAUAUUGUCAAGCUAGCACAUGAUAUUCAUUGCCUAUGGUUGAACAUUUUUCUUGUGGUGUAUAUUGUGCCUAUGGUUGAACAUUUUCUUGUGGUGUAUAUUGUGCUUAGCUUUCUCACAGGUGAAGUGAAAAUGGCCUUCAACUUUGAUCAAAUUUAGGAGGUCAUCCCAGUCAUAAACCUA